AUGGACCCCCGCGCCUGUGCUCAAGAUGUGAUGCGCUGUGUCAUGUGUGAGACUGCUGUUAUACAAAUGCACUGUGAAACAUGCCUUCUGAACCUGUGUAAGGCCUGCGUGGGAGAACACAUCUCAACUAGUAUAUCUAAGAAUCACAAAGUUGUAAAAUUUCAGUCAAGGAAAUUCACUUCUCUUUACCCUGGAUGUGCCACCCAUGGAGAAAAACGUUGUGAAAUGUAUUGUAGGCACUGCGACAUUCCUGUCUGUCACAUUUGCAUUGCAUCUGAUCAACACUUCCAACACAAAUUAUCAAACAUCUUGCAUGUUCUGGGUGAAAGAAAAGACUUGAUAAAGAAAGAACUAACUGAAUUAAAUGAGUUCAUAUAUCCUACCUACCAGGACAUUGCAUGUGAUCUAAAAGAGAGAAUGAGUCAGUUAGAGACGGAAUAUGGAGAUCUUUCAACAGCCAUAACAAGACAUGGAGAGGACUGGCACAGAGAAAUUGACAAACUUGUCAAUAAAUUUAUAGCUGAAGUUUAUGAAAUGAAGACCUCACAGUUACACAUUUUAAAAAAUCAUCUGGAUGAAAUUAACGACAAAAUUGUAAAUAUUAAAGUUGAUAUUGAUUCACUUGAUAUUGUUGUAGACUUUAAUGACAUGUCAAGACUAUUAAGAGUGAGAUGCAAUGUAAAUAAAUAUAAAAAGUUUCCACAAAAACCUUUGCCCUUUGUACCUAAAUUCUAUCCAGGGAUAUUCCAAGGCAGAGAAAUUUUUAAACUUUUUGGAGAUUUGUCAUCAAUGUCUCUUACAGAAGAAAAACAUGGUUACAGUAUGAAGAAAAUAAAAAAAAUCAAAGAAAGUUAG